AUGGAAAAACUGAAUAUAUUUUACAUAAGAGUGCGGAUUACUCGCAACGGCGUUCCUGGGAGCCGCGGCGGCGGCGGGGAAGAACUUUGCAGAAACUAGCACCGAUUCUGUCGUAUUCUAUCCCCGAUUCUUCUUCUUCCUUGUCUGCUCUCACCUGUGACUGAUUUUGGUUCGGAUCCCUCUUGAAGAAGAAGACCGUCAGUGACAAUUUCUUAGGUCUCCGAUGGACUUCACGUUCUCUUGAGGUUUCGAAUCGAAUUCUAAUUCGUUCUUUUUCACGUCACGUAACAGCAGCGGUUUUGGUAAUUGAAAACUCUGGAUCUUAAUAUCGAUUCUGAUUUGUGCGUUUGCUUAUCUUAAUGGAUUCAAGUGUUGCUAUCGCUACUGUAAUUCUAAGUAUCAGCUUGAUUUUGAGCCGUGUCCUUUACGUUAUAUAUUGGAGUGGUAGACCUAUUCGAAACAAAAGCUUGGGGCCUGUUAGUACCCUCAUUGUUUUAGGCUCAGGGGGUCACACGGCGGAGAUGCUCAAUGUUUUGUCUGUGCUGCAGAAGGACUUGUUUUCUCCGAGAUUCUACAUCGCUGCUGCUACAGAUAACAUGAGUCUUCAAAAAGCUCGUACAUAUGAAAACCAACUGGCGGAUAAGACCGGGGCUGAGGUAGACAAGAUUGCACAAUUUAUGCAGAUUUACCGGAGUAGGGAAGUAGGCCAAUCAUAUUUCACUUCUGUAUGGACGACUUUAGUUGCCAUAAUGCACGCACUCUGGCUAAUGCUUAAACUUAGACCUCAAGUGAUUCUCUGCAAUGGCCCCGGUACCUGUAUUCCGCUAUGCGUAAUUGCAUUCUUAUUUAAGGUUGUGGGGAUUAGAUGGUCUUCAAUUUUUUAUGUGGAAAGCAUUGCAAGAGUGAAGAGAUUAUCAUUAAGUGGCUUGAUUUUGUACAAGUUAUACAUGGCUGAUCAGUUUUUCGUGCAAUGGCCACAACUACAGACGAAAUAUCCAUGUGCUCACUACGUCGGUUGUCUCAUGUAGUUGAUGAUGGAUUUCCAUACAGAUAAGUAUAACUUUCUGGCUCCUGCAGCUAAAAUCUUGUCUGAAUUUGUCACAUGCAGUUUUGAAAUCUAACUUAUGGGGGGAAAAUAUGUCAAAUUUUUUCAACUGUUUUGACAAAGUUAUGUUUGUUUUUGGGAUAUAGAUUUUUCAACAUGGAUAGUAAUACACUCUUUCAUGAAGUGCUGUAUUAGUAAUUUUUUUUUUUCCAAUUCCUUUGUAACUCUGAGAACAAGAUGUUUUAUGGAGUUAUGAUAAGUUGUUAAUGGCCAGAGAUGGGUCAUUUAUGUCCCCUUUGCAUCU